AUGCAUUUCCAAGGCCUUUGGCUAUGUUGGGGUCUUCUGUUCACCUCCAUUCAUGCAGACUCUGUUGGUGAUGGUGCAGAGACAGAAGACUUCGAUGAAAAUUCAGAAGAUGAUGUUGUUAAAAAAAGUGAAGACUUCCGCAAGGUUAAUUAUAAGACACCGCAUCCUAUAGGAGAGGUUUAUUUUACAGAAACUUUUGAUAGUGGGAAGUUGGUUGGGUGGGUCUUAUCAAAAGCAAAGAAAGAUGACAUGGCAGAUGAGAUUUCUAUAUAUGAUGGCAGAUGGGAAAUAGAAGAACUGAGAGAAAACCAUGUACCUGGUGACAGAGGACUGGUGCUGAAAUCAAAAGCAAAGCAUCAUGCAAUAUCUGCUGUAUUAGCAAAGCCCUUUAUUUUUGCAGAUGAGCCUUUGAUAGUUCAAUAUGAAGUAAAUUUUCAAGAUGGCAUUGAUUGUGGAGGUGCAUACAUUAAACUCCUAGCAGACACAGAUGAUUUGAAUCUGGAAAACUUUUAUGAUAAGACAUCUUACACCAUCAUGUUUGGUCCAGAUAAAUGUGGCGAAGAGUAUAAACUUCAUUUUAUCUUCAGACACAAACACCCACAAACUGGAGUGUUUGAGGAGAAGCAUGCCAAGCCUCCGGAGAUGGACAUCAAAAAAUACUUUACAGACAAGAAGACGCAUCUCUACACCCUUGUGAUGAAUCCAGACGACACGUUUGAAGUAUUAAUUGAUCAAAUCGUUGUAAAUAAGGGGAGUUUACUAGAGGAUGUGGUUCCGCCUAUCAACCCUCCCAAAGAGAUCGAAGAUCCCUCUGAUGAAAAGCCCACUGAUUGGGACGACAGAGCCAGGAUCCCAGACCCGGAUGCUGUCAAGCCGGAGGACUGGGACGAAAGUGAGCCUGCCCAAAUCGAAGACACAAGUGUGACGAAACCAGAGGGCUGGCUUGACCAUGAGCCAGAGAACAUUCCAGACCCACAAGCUGACAAGCCUGAAGACUGGAAUGAAGACAUGGAUGGAGUGUGGGAGCCCCCACUCAUUGCCAAUCCUGCCUGCCGCAUUGGCUGCGGAGAGUGGAAGCCACCCUUGAUUGACAACCCAAAGUACAAGGGGGUCUGGCAUCCCCCCCUGGUGGACAAUCCCAGUUACCAGGGAGUGUGGAGCCCUCGCAAGAUCCCCAACCCUGACUACUUCGAAGACAACCACCCAUUCCUCCUAACUUCUUUCCGUGCUCUCGGCUUGGAGCUUUGGUCGAUGACCUCUGACAUCUACUUCGACAACUUUAUUAUCUGCUCUGAAAGAGAAGUAGCAGACCGCUGGGCUCAGGAUGGCUGGGCCAUGAAAAUCAGAAUAGCAAGUGCUAAUGAGCCGGGCAUUCUGAAGCAGCUGGUGGCAGCGGCCCAGGACCGUCCGUGGCUGUGGCUCAUUUACCUUGUGACAAUGGGCCUUCCUCUCGUCUUCAUCACUUUGUUUUGUUGGCCAAGAAAGGUCAAGAAAAAAUAUGAAGAGGUGGAAUAUAAGAAAACCGAUGAGAUCAGGCCGCAGACCAAGGGCGCACUGGAGCAGGAGGUGAAGGAAGAGAAGGCAGACCUGGAGAAGCUGGAGGACUUGGAAGAGGACAAAAAACCAAGUGAUGGCGAAGUCUGUGACAAAGGUCUUACAUGUGAGCCUGAGGAAAAGAGUGAAGAAGAAAUUGAAAUCAUAGGGGGACAAGAAGAAGGCAACAAGUCAAAACAGUCUGCAUCAGAGGAUGAGAUGAAAGAAGCGGAUGAGAGCACUGGCUCUGGAGAUGGGCCAGCCAAGUCGGUUCGAAAGCGAAGGGUUCGGAAGGAGUAA